AACUUUAUGUUUAGACUAAAUUCCGCGCAGGAUCCGCGAUACUUGUGAAAACGAAAAGUAAGGAAGAUAAUCUGUCACGGGACAUAAUACAUGUUAGCGAUUUUGCGAAAUUUGUAAAUUUUGAUUAAUUUUAUUUCUUUGAUAAAUUACGUAGUUUUCUAUAAAAUUAAGAUGCAGAGUGUCAUAAAUAGUGUCAAAGGAAAAGCUCUGAAUGUUGCGGAAUUCUUUACACCAGUUUUAAAGGAUUCUAAGUUUAAAGAGACUGGUGUUUUGACUCCAGAUGAGUUUGUAUAUGCUGGGGAUCAUCUUGUACAUCAUUACCCAACGUGGCAAUGGGCCAAAGGAGACGAAUCUUGCUUGAAGCCGUAUUUACCGCCAGAUAAACAAUUCCUGGUGACAAGAAAUGUCCCCUGCUAUAAAAGAUGUAAAGAAAUUGAAAAAGCCGAACAUCAUGAAGAGCUCCUGGAAGUUGAUGAUGGUGACGGUGGUUGGGUAGAUACUCAUCAUUAUACAGAUAGUGAUGUUGCUGCAGUUGCUGAUCAAGUUCACGAAAUGACGCUUCAGACAAAUGAUUCUUCAAAACCUGUUAUGAAGCCAGCUGAAGAGGAGGAGGAUGAUGAUGACGAUGAUGAUGAAGAAGCUUUAGACAUGGAUGAUUUCAUGCAAAGUGGAAUGUUGGAAUCAAAUGAUAAAGCCACCUUCGAUGUUUCAAAGCCAACUGACAAACAGGAUACAGAUAUCCCAAGUGGGGCUGAAGGAGGCAUUGUUGCAACACGAACAUAUGAUUUGAACAUUACAUAUGACAAAUAUUAUCAGACACCAAGGCUGUGGCUGUUUGGCUAUGAUGAGAAUCGCAAGCCUUUAACUAUUGAAGAAAUGUAUGAUGAUAUCAGUCAAGAUCAUGCUAAGAAAACCGUGACCAUGGAAAAUCAUCCCCAUCUGCCUGGGCCUCCCAGGGCAUCUGUGCACCCAUGCAGGCAUGCAGAAGUGAUGAAAAAAAUCAUCCAUACUGUCACUGAAGGGGGUGGUGAACUUGGUGUUCACAUGUAUUUGAUCAUAUUUUUGAAGUUCAUGCAGGCUGUUAUCCCCACUAUUGAAUACGACUACACUCAAAAUUUUUCCCUAGAAUGAAAUCAAAGUCUUGCUGGUUUUGUAAAUAGUGUGCGAACCCUACUGCUGAAGAUGAUUCCUUGUUGAAAGUAAUAUGCUGGAUAAAUUAUUUUUGCAAGAAAAAAAGUUUCCCUUUGGGGCCAAAGUCUGUGUCUAUCAUUAUAUUUGUUUGAAAAAUAAUUGCUCCUUCAGAGAUGCAUUUAAUGUUUUUUUUUUUUGCUUGAAAAUGACUAAAUUUAUUUUAUGUUAAAUUAUUUUUCUUCAACUCAAAAAUUUAUUAAUAUGAAGUUUGUUGUAUAAGAUUUGUUUCUAUGGAAUAUUAAAUAUGAAUUGGUAUUUUGAUGAAGAGUACUAAAAUAAAUUUUUAGCCAUAGGUUUUAAUAAUUAAAAGACUAUUUCUUUGCUAAGAAAUUGUGUUCUUUUAAUAAUAAUUCAUACUCAUCUUUUAGAGACAAAAAAUAUAUAUUGUUAAUUUGGAAGAGAUGCUUUAUAAAUGAUUGCUGU